AUGGAGAUGAAAUUGGAGCAGCACACGAAAAUAUUCGCUUCGAUGUGCCCUGACGAAAUUCUGGAUUAUUACGAUAAUUACGCGACCAGAAUGUACUAUACCACUUUAAUGCUUGGCGAUGUAUCAGGGUUCACGGAUCUCGCUGAGAAGUACACGAAAACGGGCAGAGGCGGUCCAUCGAAGUUGACGGAAACAUUGAACAGCUACAUCGGCGCGAUGGUGCAGGAAAUACUGUCGCACAACGGUGACGUGCUGAAAUUCUCCGGGGACGCGUUUAUCGUGAUGUGGAAGCUGAACGAGGGUAUGAUGAUGCGGGAUCUCGCGAUCGAAGCGAUGCAAACCGCUUGUAUUAUUCAGAAACACUUUGGAACGUACGAGACCGAGGUUGGAGUGACUCUGAAAGUGAAACUAGCGAUAGCUUCUGGAAAAACAUACUUCACGUCCAUUGGACGCCCGGACAGCGUGUCCCAUUACAUUAUCACUGGGAAACCGGUGUGGGAUGUAAAGUUCGCCGAGGGUCUCUGUCGGGGCGGCGAUAUUCUGGUUGCGCCCAGUAGCUGGCAAUGGGUGAAUCCGAACGAGUAUGUGCAUGAGACACUUGAGGAUGGAGUACACACUUUAAUACUGGCGUGCACGAGCACGUGGUAUCAGUCGAGGGAUGACGAGGCGCAAAGAUCUGAUUCAGACGAGAACGAACGCAUCGACUAUUACGAUUCUACCGGAUUCGCUUCCAAGACAGUGAUGGGUUCUGAGACCGAAGCGGUGAUGAUGAGCCUGGCUGGCAAUCUAGAGAGAGAAAGAUUCAAGCAGAUCGAUUAUAGCUUGCGACCGAAAGUUAUAAAGAUAGCGAAAGCUCGUCUCAAGGACGCUUUAAGGAGCUACAUGCUGAGGCCGGUUAUUCGAUCCGUGGAAAUGGACGAGCCCCUGGAAUAUCUAACCGAAAUGCGACAGGUGGUGAUACUGUUCAUCAACGUUCUCACGUCGACCGUAGGCAAGAGAACGCUCAUCAGUUUGGUCAACUCGGCGUACAAGCUGGUUUGCAAGAUCGUCGGUGGAAUGCACGGAUGCGUGAACAAGACGUCCCUGUUCGACAAGGAUCUGAUGUUUCUCUGUGUGUUCGGUCUGCGCGGGGACAAACACGAGCUGGAGUCCCAGAUCGGUUUGAAGUGCGCGUCGAAGCUGCGAAACACCCUGGCAGGGCUGAAGUACGUGAAAUCUGUUACCGUCAGCGUAACAACGGGGAUGACGUACUGCGGCGUGGUCGGUCACAUUUUACGAAGGGAGUACACCGUGAUCGGUAUGUCGGUGAACAAGGCCGCGAGACUUAUGGUCGCUUAUCGCGACAAAGUGGUCUGCGACCGGGAGAGCUUCCUUCAGUCUCACCUCGAAGCAAGACACUUCAUUCUGCAAGAGCCGCGAUACUUGAAGGGGAUCACAAACGUGGGUCCAAUAUAUGAAUUUCAGGAGAAACCGAAGUACAACGUGACGGAUUUAGUAUGGAACAAGUAUCCGUUACUCGGCCGAGACGCCGAAAUCAAGAAGUUCCAGGAGAUUAUGAAGAAAUUAUUAGAAUACUCCAUGGGGGAGAAAUCGAAUCGUGGCCCAAGACCGAAGUACAAUACGCUGGUCAUAAAGGGCGAGCCAAGGAUAGGCAAAACGAAACUGCUGGACGAGUGCACGCAGAAAGUUCCCGUUGGAAUUCACUGCAAUUACGUUUCCUUAAGGUCGAACAAUUCCAAGGUUGACAGCUUCGCCCCGUACAGUUUGAUUCUCAUGAUAUUCUCGAUGUCCCUCGCGUUCACCGUCUCGUCGAUGCGCAAGGAACGGGAGGACAAGCUGCUCCGCCGUCUGGGCAAGGUGCGCCAAUCCCAUUUCCUUUGCGCCCUUAAUCAGCCGUUCAACGUACGUUUCCCAAUAACGCAUCGGUACAACAUGUUGUCUGACAUGGACAAAUGGAAAAUCCUCCGGAAGUUUCUGUUGAAAUUAUUGAAGAGUUGCUUCACGGAACUCUGGGUAAUUAUCAUCGAUGACGCCGAGUACACCGACCACGAGUCGCUGCGGCUAUUCGACGUUCUGACGAAGAGGGACAUGGUGUUCUUCGUUCUUGGUAUCGGCAGGAAACUCGGGACCGAGUUCCAAUUGCAUCCGAACCUUCUGGACAGAGGAAAGAUUAUCGAACUUCACGGAAUAGAUAGGUGGUUCCAUGCUGGUCUCGCCUGUCAAACCUUAAACGUAAACGGUUUGCCGGCAGAGCUCGAGAAACUCAUACAGGAGAAAAGUUUUGGUAAUCCAGGCUGGAUCGAGAGCUACUUGGUGAGCCUGAUGCAAGCAGGUGGAAUAGAGAUAGUAAUAAUCAGCAAGAAGGAGGCGAUUAAAAAGGGCUAUGUGAUGCCUCCUGUAAAUAUGUUGAAAAGAUUCGCGUCCACCGCGCCAAUCACUAGGAUAGAAGACAGUUUCGAAGAACGCAAGGACAGAUGGCAGAUGUACAGAAUGAGUUUCAAAGAUAGCUUGAUAUCGUUGCUAGAGGAAAGCAGCGGAAACCCGCAUAAACUGGAAAUAACUGCGGAUACCGACGAAACAUUGAUCGCUGUCUGCAAGAUCUCGGAGAAGUUCUCGUACGACGAUGUCGACACUGAAAUCACGAUGGACGUUAUGAUCCUGAAGCUGUUCGAUUCCUUGACGCCCCUCGAUCAGCUCCUCCUGAAGUGCGCUUCCGUGAUUGGCGAAACUGUCAACAGACAUAUGCUGGAAUGUCUGAUGAAUCUGUCUGCUAAAAGAGAAAUUGGACUUGCUGUGGCGAAACUGUUCGAAAUACGAGUCUUUGGAUGCGCCAUUGGAGACUUUUCCAGCAACACAGGACCCAUAGUAUUUAUCCAGAACGUGCGGAAUCCUACUACAGAGACGGACAUAUUCUGCAACUGCGUUGGACUUACUGUACCAACCGAGCUGGAAGAUCUUCCGAGGUACGCUUCCUGCGGUUUAAUGAGGUUCAAAAUGACGAUGUUUCGCGACACAACCUAUCGAUUGCUCACGGAGAACCAAAAAAUGGAGCUGCACAAUCAAGCACUGAAGUAUCUGAAACAGUAUACGAGACGUUGCGCGUUCUGCGGAGAAGGUCAAUUCGCGAAAUUGUUGGGGAAUGUAUCGAAACGAGAAGACCGACUGAAGAAACGGGCAGUCAUCGAGGGAAUGUUUGAAAGCGUGGAAUUUCGGUCCGCGUCCGCCAUUAAAGAGAUUGAAAGAAAUCAGAAGAAAUGGUUCUCCUGCCUGAACCUAUUUCGACGCGUCGAGAGACGACCGACGAUUACGUUCUCCGACGUGGAUUUCAGUAACUGCCAGUGCGAUCUGAUAUUAAUGACCGUGUACACGCAAAUGCUGGAUCAUUGUCGUGGUAUUGGGCUAAAUGAGAUGACAAUGAUCGCCAUUUUGGAGUUCGCUGAAAUCUGUCUGAUGACGUCCAACAUACCACAAGCACGAAAGCUGUUAGCGGAAAGCGAGACAAUCUUGGGGAAGCUCUUCAGCGCGACCGAAGACGAAGUUAUCGUUCUACCCUAUCUGACUUCGAAAAUUCAGACUCUGCAGGGACAGUGCUAUCUCGAGAGCGGCUCUCUGUUCGAGGCGGAACAAAUCCUCGAAGCGGCGUUGAAUAAUUUAGGGUACAAAUUCCCGAAAAUGGAGAUAAUGAUAGAUCUGAAGUCGAUCGCGCAAUUGGUACAACUGAGAUGGAAGUUCAGCUGUAUAAACGACUGGAAUCUGAACACCGAUUACGUUGCCACGCAAAGCAGUAUAACCCAGUGUGCAGAUUACACCGAGCAGUUGGCUGAAUGCUUGGCGAAAAUGUUCGAUCUUUUCAGAAUCAAAGGUAUGAAGAGACACGCGCGUUUAGCAGCGAUCUGGGGCUUGAACACAGCCCUGGAAACCAAUAGAAACUUGUUCGUCUUGAGUACAUCCUAUACCAACAUGUUGAUCACAGCGCAUAUGUAUCAGGAUAGGGCCAUUGUUCCGUUCUUAGAGGAGAAGGGCCUCGAAAUAUGCAGGCAGAGCAAAGACGCUAUCGAAUCGCAGGAAUUGAAUAUGAUCGCUGAGCUUUACGCGGGAAUAUUCUUCUCCCGAUGGGUAAACGGACAAAUCUCGAAGGCGAUUAAAAUCGGCUUCAUUUGCUGCAGAAUGGCGGCUAUGGUUGGAUCCACAUUUCUAAAGCUGCUAAUAAUGCCUCGGCUGGCUCAUCUACUCAUGCUUUCUUGCCGUCACUCGGAAGCGAUUACACAGCUAAGAGAGCUAGAGUUCGAAUCCAACUACGACUUGGAUAAAUCUGGUCGCACCUGGUACUAUGCGCUUUGCGCGGACGUGCAGUUAGACACUGGAAUAACUCUUCUGUCUUUUAAAGCUUGCGAACAGUAUUUUCUUCGGGAAGGCGAGGCGAUGAUCAGCCUACAUGAUCCGGAAGCGGAAAGGCGGUACUUCGUCUCUAUGUGGUUAUGGUGUGUCAGAACAGAACAGUGGGAGGCUUCCAUAGUCUGGGAGAGGAGAAGCGUGAACAAUUUACCUAUUAUGGAUGAGCAUAUAGUAGCAGCUACUAUUACUUCUCUGAAAAGACUCGAGGGUUUACUUAUUCUAUAUGUACACAAGUUAAACAGUAGAAAUAUCGAUGCAGUGACUACAUUGACAGAAAUAAAGAGCAUUUUCAGGGAGAUGAAGAAAAUGACCAAGAUCGUCAAGCUCACAAUUCCCACAUACAUACUGCUGAAAGCGUACUAUUACAUGAUAAAGUUUCGAAAAGGAACGGCAAUGAAGCUAUUAAAACGUUUAAAAAAGGUGUGCUGGAAAAUGGAGAAUGAAAUGGUUUACACAUGGGCGACCCACUAUGAGACGGUUUGGUCAAAUGGCGUGUCUUCCGUUCAAGAAGACAGGUGGAAGGAUGCUUCAACCAGUAAAUUACAUUCCCAGUGGAGUGAAAUCAAUGCAAAUGAAUCUAAUAUGGUGAUAUUCACGUUUCCCUUGCCAAUUUAUCCAAACUGA